UUUCAUCCUUUAGAACCAGAAGUCGAGGGCCUGGGAAGAAAUUGCCAUGAAUUAACACAGAGCCUGUCCACCUUCCACCACAAACCAUCCAGGUGUUAGGUCCUCUCUGUGGCUUCUAAGACUUGAUAUGGACUGUUAACUUAGCAUCCCACUCACACAGCACCACCACCACUUCCUCUUUUUUAAAAAACUCUGAGAUGUGCCCAAGCCAGUGAGAGAUGGUAGCGUAAGUCCUGGUCAUCUCCAAGGUUAUACGAGUCUCUCACCUGUCCUAACACUGUCUAAGAUAGCCCGUGGCACAGAGAUUCCUCAUGGGAUUUGCCCCCAUCUAAAAACAUCCACAUUGGGAAUUCCCUGGUGCUCCAGUGGUUAGGACUUGGCGCUUUCACUCACAGGGCCCAGGUUCGAUCCCUGGUCAGGGAACUAAGAUCCUGCAAGCCACAGGGUGCAGCCAAAAAACAAAAACAAAAACAAAAAACAAAUAAAAAUGUCCACAUUCCCACAAGGAUCGGGGAGGGGGUCAUGACAGGGAUGUAUUUAAGCCCCAGAUUAGAAUUGGUUGUUAACUUUCUUGCUAGUAUAGGUGGGGCAGCCAGACCCACUUCUGCUCCUGGCUCCCAGGCUGUUCCACCUGUCGUGCCCAACCAGCGGUCAGUGGGAAGCUACCACCUGUUCUAUUGAAGCAGGAACUAGGAGGGGCCCAGUGAAGUAUCCGUCCACAGUGGACUGGACCAGCUUCUUUCAAAAAUGACCCUAUACCACAGAUUGGGGCUGCAAACUAAGAUUGAGGGAGGGGUCUUGGUGCUUGGUUUGGGGCCACUGCCGUGACCUUGUUCUGUUAGGCCCCUGCUGUUUCCAUAGAGGCUGGGCCCCAAAGAACUCGGUGAGCCUUCGUGGUGGAGCGCAGGUGGAGUGGAUUCGUUGAGAAAGGUGCUCAGGAUACGUUCCACGAAAAGGUCUUGGCAGUAGAAGAACCAGGGUCAAGAAAGGCCUUUGUGGUCUACAAUUCUCACACGGAGCCUUCGGCCCCAAACCACCAAGCCGGUUCGAGAAGGCUGGGACUAGAUCCGGACUGUCUUGAGAGAAGGCCUCCUCUCGGGAGGGUAGGUACGCAAGUUUUGAAACAGGGCAUCCUGCUCGCAGUUCUCCCGUUUGUGCGUGAAACGUGCAGAGAGCACACGCUCGCCUUUAAUCCUUGUGUAAAGGGAAUCCUCCUAACUUCACGGAGAAGGGAAACGGGCGCAGGAGAACAAUGACUAAUGGGGAUUAGAACCCAGGUCUCCUACCGUGGUAUCCCCGCCCUCUCUGCGCCGCUGGCGCCGGCUCGGAGCUCCCCCCACGUACCCGCAGCCCUACCCGGGGCCAGGUGAGGGCUCUCCCCGCCUCCCGUCGCGGGGGCAGAGAUGCCCCCCACCUGGGGCUUCUAGAAGGCUGAGGGGUCCCAGGUGCGGGGCGGGGUCCGAGCGCGCCCGCGAUUGGCGCGCGGGGCGGCGGGGGAGGUAAAGGCCAGGGGCAGAAGGGGGUGGGAAGAACCCGGCCGCCCCGCGCGCCCCCGCUGCCGGGGUGAGCGCACGUGGGCGCCGAGCGCGGGGCCGCGCGCCCACCAUGAACUCCAGCGGCCCGGGUUACCCGCUCGCUUCGCUCUACGCGGGCGACCUGCACCCCGACGUGACUGAGGCCAUGCUCUACGAGAAGUUCUCGCCCGCUGGCCCCAUCCUGUCCAUCCGCGUGUGCCGCGACGUGGCCACCCGCCGCUCGCUGGGCUACGCCUACAUCAACUUCCAGCAGCCGGCCGACGCGGAGCGGGCACUGGACACAAUGAACUUUGAGGUGAUCAAAGGCCAGCCCAUCCGCAUCAUGUGGUCCCAACGAGACCCAGGACUUCGCAAGUCGGGUGUCGGCAACAUCUUCAUCAAGAACCUGGAAGACUCCAUUGACAACAAGGCCUUGUACGACACCUUCUCCACCUUUGGGAACAUCCUCUCUUGCAAGGUGGUGUGUGAUGAUCAUGGCUCCCGAGGCUUUGGCUUUGUGCAUUUUGAGACCCACGAGGCUGCACAGAACGCCAUCAGCACCAUGAACGGGAUGCUGCUGAAUGACCGCAAAGUCUUCGUUGGCCACUUCAAGCCCCGACGGGAGCGGGAUGCAGAGCUGGGAGCUCGGGCCAUGGAGUUCACCAAUAUCUACGUGAAGAACCUCCACGUGGACGUGGAUGAGCAGUGCCUGCAGGACCUCUUCUCCCAGUUUGGGAAGAUACUGAGUGUCAAGGUGAUGAGGGAUGACGGCGGCCACUCCCGCGGCUUUGGCUUUGUCAACUUUGAGACGCACGAGGAAGCCCAGAAGGCUGUGAUGGACAUGAACGGGAGGGAGGUGAGUGGACGGCUGCUCUACGUAGGCCGGGCCCAGAAGCGGGUGGAGCGGCAGAAUGAGCUGAAGCGCAGGUUCGAGCAGAUAAAGCAGGACCGGCUGACCCGUUACCAGGGCGUGAACCUGUAUGUGAAGAACUUGGAUGACUCCAUCGAUGAUGAGAAACUGAGGAAAGAGUUCUCUCCCUAUGGAGUGAUCACCAGUGCCAAGGUGAUGACAGAGGGUGGCCACAGCAAAGGGUUUGGCUUUGUGUGUUUUUCCUCUCCAGAAGAGGCGACGAAGGCCGUGACAGAGAUGAACGGGCGCAUCGUGGGGACCAAGCCACUGUACGUGGCACUGGCCCAGCGCAAGGAGGAGCGGAAGGCCAUCCUGACCAACCAGUACAUGCAGCGCCUCUCCACCAUGCGGGCCCUGGGCAGCCCCCUCCUGGGCUCCUUCCAGCAGCCUGCCAGCUACUUCCUGCCCGCUACGCCCCAGGUGACCUCCUGUCCGCAUCCCUUCCCUGACAGCCAGGUGGGGCAGGAAGAUCAGAGCUUCACAGGCAGACAGAGAUUCCCAACAUGCUUCAGCUGGAAACUCACUCGGCAGGCGGCCGUUGUCACCCCAUCUCUAACAGGGCCUCCAGCCCAGGCCCCAUACUAUGGCUCUGGCCCACCUGUCCAGCCUGCCUCCAGGUGGACGGCCCAGCUACCCAGACCCUCGUCCGCCUACACGCCUGCGGCCUCGGUUGUCCAGCCAGCAGCCGUGUCUCGGCGCCCCUCGUUCCCCAUCGGCAGUGCCAGGCAGAUCUCCACCCACGUGCCGCGCCUGGUGCCCCACGCCCAGGGAGUGGCCAACAUCGGUACCCAGACCACGGGACCCGGUAUGGCAGGAUGCUCUUCACCAAGGGGGCCUCUCCUGACACACAGAUGUUCCUUGGCAACACACAACACCCACCGGGUCCAGGAGCCUGCUGUGCGUGUCCCCGGACAGGAGCCCCUGACUGCGUCCAUGCUGGCCGCAGCGCCGCUGCACGAGCAGAAGCAGAUGAUCGGUGAGCGUCUCUACCCCCUCAUCUACAAUGUCCACACCCAGCUGGCUGGCAAGAUCACGGGCAUGCUGCUGGAGAUCGACAACUCGGAGCUGCUGCUCCUCCUGGAGUCCCCAGAGUCCCUCAACGCCAAGGUCGAAGAGGCCCUGGCGGUGUUGCAGGACCACCAGGCCACGGAGCAGACCUGAGUGCACGUGCGCCGGGACCAGAAAAUGGACUCCUUACUCCCUUGGCUGACAAGAGAACCGCGUUUCCUGCUCUUGGCUCUAAGGCCCUGUGAACCGUAACUUCCCAACUGGGCUGUAUCUGCACUUGAGCUUUUUGUGGAAUGAAGGCUGGUCACCCAGCCAGCCUCUUACCUGUUGCUUUGUGCAUUAAAAGUGCUGCAAACUC